AUGGAGUCUCUACCAAAUGAAUUGCUUGCUUCCAUCGGCAAGUACGCUCAGGACUACGACUUCCAUGCCCUGACUUUGUGUUCUAAGGGACUCCGCGCUGUGUUUCUACCUUUUCUUUUUUCCUCCUACCUUCAACGCCGCCCCCGCGGAUUGGGUCUGGGUGAUGCCUCGAUGAUCAUUCUCCUCUGGCGACACCCCGAACUCGCCACCCAUGUCCGCUAUUUCCAACUUGCAUGGCGGUCUGUUAAUAACUAUUUCGAGGAAGAUUCCCAUCUUGGGGACGAAUUCAAUGAAUUCAUUGACCAGGCGCUUGACGAAAUCUUCGAGCCCGAGGAACAAGCAUGCCGAUCGAAAUGGCGAAAGCAUCUACAAAGGCAAUGCGAAGAAGCCUGGAAGGCACUCCUCCUCAUGCGCCUGACGCAUCUGCAAACCCUCGAGCUCGCAUCUGGAUACACAGAAGGCUUAGUGCCGGAUAUACUUCGCAAGGCGGCGCACCGACAGCGUCCCUUUCACAAGUCACCUCCAUUUCCCUAUCUGCGAAACGUUGAAGCGGUGCCUGGGCUUAUGGACCCCGCCAUCGGUUCCCGUCUCAUCCUGCCCUUCUUUUAUUUUCCGGCCGUGCGCACCAUUAGAGGGCUUCAUUGGAGUGAGGGGCGCUCCUGGAAGAGUGUAUGCGGGUUGAAGAGCGACGCGACAUACAGAAAGUCGAUCAUCGAGACGCCUCUUGUGCCCGUGGACCACUCCUCCCGUCCCGUUCGCAAACUCGAGCUCUGCACAUGUUAUCGUAACCGCGACAUCCUUGACUGGCUCACAGCAUGCACGCAGCUGGAGAUCGUGAAUAUCGGACUCGUUCUGAACCGGGACGACCGGAACCCAGACGACAUGUAUACCUUCAGCGCCCCGGAACUCCGACAGGCGCUAUUACCGUUCCAGACAACUCUCCAGAAACUCCAUCUGGGCGCUGUUUCCUGGCGGCGUAAUGACCCCGAGGCACGAGAGUUGAUCGAUUCUCCCGGACCAAUGGGGUCAUUGAAAGAAUUCACAGUCCUUCGGGAUCUUAAACUGCCAUAUGCUCACCUCUUGAGACCAUCAUCCACCUCCGUUGAAGUGAGAGAGCAUCUGCAGCUACUUGACAUCCUUCCUGUGUCUAUCCGAACCUUAUCGAUUACAGAUAUUGUAGAGGACGAUUUUCACAACCUCCUGCUGGAGCUUUUGGGACUAUUGCAGCAGCAAGCUUCUUCCUUCCCUCCGUUUUAUAAGCUUGAAAGAAUCCAGUUCUACGUUGAGAAGGACAUCGACGAGACCUCAUUCGAUCUAUUGAUACGUGCCUGUGAUCCCGCUGGUAUUGUCUUGGCUGUUGAGGUGACUCCCGUGGAGAUAUCGACUUAUAGAAACGUAAUCAAUUUUUAA